CCAUGUUUUGUAUUGUAUGUGCCUAUAAAAGAUAAAGACUAAAGCUUAUUGCUAACUCACACAUUGUUAUUAUUAUCUAUUUAUCUCAUCUUUAAAUCUGUUUAUUCAAUUUCAAGAAUCAAGAAAAUUUAAAUCAUAUGGAGAAGAUUAAUCAAGAUGAGCAUCAAUUAUGGAUGAUAGAUGAAGGACAUGAAUUAGAUCCUGGUGAAAUUUGUGAUAAUAUGAGCCAUUCAUCUUCAUCAUCAAUUUCAUCAUCCAUUGGUGAAGGAUCAUCAAACAUCUCUAAUGGAUCUUGUUGUUCAUCUUCACUUGAUACAACAGAUGAUGCAUCUUCAUCACCCUCUUCUGAUGAUGGAGCUUUGUAUGACUUAUCAUCCCUCAUGUCACAACUACCAAUCAAGAGGGGAUUAUCCAAGUUUUAUGAAGGGAAAUCACAGUCUUUUACAUCUUUGUCAAGAGUGACAAGUUUAGAAGAUCUUGCUAAGAAAGAAUCACCAUACAGAAGAAAAAUGAAGUCUUGUAAGAGCUAUGGUGCUGGAUUGGAUUCGUAUAAAUCAUACACUCUUCCUAAGGCAACUAUAUUGAAGAAAGCUUCAAGAGGCUCAUCAUUUUCAGCAUCUUUUACUAAUGGAAAGGCAAGUUUUAUCAGCAGGAGCAGGCCCCCUCUGAUUCCUGUGCAAGAGAUGUAGUGUGUAGUACAGAGAAAAAAAGAAAAUAAGGAGAGUGUAGUAUUUAUUCAAACAGAAGAGAGAUCUAGCUAGAGAGUGAGAAAGAGUUGUGUUGUAUACUUCAAUUUUGGAUAAGUUAUUGCAUUUUUGGAUAUAUUAUUUGCCCUUGAAAAGUUCAA